AUGUCAAAAACUACAAAGAAAGAUGAAGAAAAUGAGCUGAGAAGAGGACCAUGGACUCUUGAAGAAGAUAGUUUACUAAUACACUAUAUUGCUCGUCAUGGUGAAGGUCGUUGGAAUAUGUUAGCCAAAAGUGCAGGAUUGAAGAGGACUGGAAAAAGCUGUAGACUCAGAUGGCUCAAUUACUUGAAACCUGACAUUAAAAGAGGGAAUCUUACUCCUCAAGAACAGUUGUUGAUCCUUGAACUUCAUUCCAAAUGGGGUAAUAGGUGGUCGAAAAUUGCGCAACAUCUACCGGGAAGAACAGAUAAUGAGAUCAAGAACUAUUGGCGAACAAGGGUGCAAAAACAAGCGCGGCAACUAAACAUCGAAUCCGGUAGCAAGAGAUUCAUUGAUGCUGUUAAGUGUUUUUGGAUGCCAAGAUUACUUCAAAAGAUGGAACAGAACAACAACUCAUCUCCCAUCUCUGAUCAUUCUUCUAUGACAAACAUGAACAAUUUCGGAAACUCCAUCGAAGCUUCAACCAGUAACUCAAUCUCAACAAGCUUCAAUGUUCCUUCACAAAGAGGAUUCAUAGAUGCUUCAAGUGGAAAUCAUAGCUUCAAUAAUCCUUCUUUGGAUUUCUUCCAAUUCUCACAGCCACUAGAAACUUCAGAAACCUCAAAAAAUGUUCCCAACAUGUUGGAAAACAAUGUUUACAAUUGUCAAAUCCAAGACAAUUUCUAUUUUGAUGAUACAAAUUCCUACGGCUUGGAAGGUUUAAGCUUCGAUCCAUUAUCUUCAAUGGAAAAUUAUGACUUUUCACAGUUUGAUUUUCAAACUUCAGGGAAUGGAUGGAUGCUAGACAACAUGGCUAAUAAUAGCAAUUUGUGGAACAUGGAUACUAUAUGA